AUGAAUCCACGCGAUCGUUUGCUUGUCGAGCCGGCCCUCCCCGCUCACAUCCAGAAUUUGCGCGCCCAAGAGCAGGAAUGCGCCAGCGCGCAGGCGCCCGCGGCCCUGCAGAAGGACGUCCUGCGCCACGCCUUCUGGAAGGUGGACCCCCAGCGCGCGGGCGACAUCUCCAUCCAGCAGUUCCUCCAAGUCUGGCAGAACAUCCUGCAGCUGCGCGAGUACGAGGAGGGGGCGCAGGUCAUCAACGGACGGGCGCGCCGGAUCCUUAGGCCCCUGCGGCGCCGCCUGGUGGACCGCAACUCGGCCGCCGCCCUGUUCGUGAAGUUCGGCUUCGACAAGGAGGGCUUCAUGCCGUAUGUCGUGUUCAUCAACGCCCUCACGGAGACGCCCGCCCGGCUGCUGGGCCACGAGCUCAUCUUGGACAACGCCGAGAAGGGCAGGAACGGGCUGUUCGACGAGAUCGACGUGUCGCUGUGCGUGGGCGACGCGAAGAUCAUAUAUCCCAAGUGCAAGGGGGGCGUGUUCCCACCCAGCGGCUUUGACCCUCGCGUGGCCUUCCGCUCCGCCACGCUGCCUCGCGCCCACAUGUGGCUGGAGCACGUAUACGGCUACGCCGGCAUCCGCAACCUCUCCAACAACCUCUUCUACACCCACAACUCCGACCGGGAGGUCUCCGAAUUCGUGUACUACACGGGAAUGGUGGGGAUCGUGUUCCGGGAGCAGGACCACGACGCCAGGCGCCCAUCCCAGCGCUUCUUCUUCGGCCACGACAACGACAUCGAGUGCCUGGGGAUGCAUCCAGGGAGGCGGUUUGUUGCCACGGGUCAGCAGAAGUCCGUCGGUGGGGUGCCGUACGCGUGCGUCUGGGACGUGGACACCUGCGACCUGCUGCAGCGCCUGGAUCACGGGGCGAAUGAGCGGAGUGUCAUCGCCUGCUGCUUUUCAGGGAACGCCAACGGGAAGUCGAGCAAGUCCAAGGGCGGUGACCUGCUGGUGACGGUCACUAGCGACGACCACCAUACCAUCCACAUAUGGUCGUGGAUGAACCGGGACAACAAGCUUUGCAAGGCGACGCACCUGCCGGGAUGGUUCUAUGGACCUGAGAAGAAGCUCAACUUUCUCACAGCCCAGGGCCUAUUCUACCAGCAAAAGAGCGCAGAAAUGUUUCUGCAGCGUUCUCGUAUCCGAUCUCAGUCGUCCAUUCUCACCGUGCUGAAGGUCCAGAACGUCCUCUCGGCGAUUUAUAUCCCUGCCAUCCACGAACGAGCGGCGCCCGGUGAUUCCGCCAUCCUUACGGGAUUUGCGGACGGGAAGGUGGGGCUUUGGGUGCCUCCCUACCCCACCCGACCUCGCAGCACCUAUCAACUAAGAAAGGUGUUCACGGCGCACGAUCCCGGCCCCCUCAUUGUGCUGAACGAUGGGACGCAGGUUCAUGGGGGCGUUCGCGUCAUCAAGCUGAGAGCAGACAACCGAACCGUGCUGACAGGCGGGGCGGAUGGCUGCAUUUGCUCCUGGAGUCUGGAGAAGGUGGACGAAAAAACUUCCGAUGGGGCUCCUAAAAGGGGCGUCAAGCUCAAGCCAAUGUUCAGUAACGACGAAAUGACGGGGCCACACAGGUUCAGGCUCAUCCAAGCGACGGCCCCCCUGGAGAAGGAGUCCGUGCCCAUGAUCCGCGGGCUGGACUCCCACCCACUGAAGCCCGUGGAGUUCGUGGCCGGUACGGACGGCUGCGACAUAUGGGAGGUGGACAGGGACCCGCGCGUCAUGAUCGAGGGCCACCAGGGGGACGUGUACUGCUGCGCCGCGCACCCCGCCGACGCCUCGGUGUUCGCCACCGCCAGCGAGGCGCACAGGGUAAUGCUGUGGGACGCGGGCAGGAGGGAGAUGCUGCGGUCGGCGUCCAUGGGCUUCGUGUGCAGGAGCAUCGCAUUUUCGGAGGAGGAGUUUCCCAGCAGAUGUGUGCCAGGAUGGCAGCCCCGCGGGGGAGACGGCUACCACCUCGCCCUGGGAGGCAAGAGCGGACGGCUGGCCGUGCUGGACGCCUCCACCCUGCAGCCCCUGGUGCGCCUGCGCGACGCCGCCGAGGGCAUCAGCGAGCUAAAGUACAGCCCGCCCGGGGGCCCCCGCGUGCUCGCGGCUGGAUCGAACGACCUUAGGGUCUACCUGUACGGCGUGGACCGCGGGUACGAGCUGGUGUGCCGCUGCGUCGGGCACUCGGGCACCAUCGAGCACAUUGACUGGAGCCUGCCCGUGGAGGGCCCGCCGGGCUUGAGGGGCAGGUGCAUCCUUCAGGCCAACGACACCAGCAGGGAGUCGCUGUGCUGGGACCCCAGGAGCGGGAGGCAGGUCACGUCUAACCAGCGGGAUGCGUCCUGGUACACUUGGACCUGCACCCUUGGCUUUCCGGUGAUGGGGAUCUGGCCCGACGACUCGGACGGCACGGACGUCAACGCGGUGUGCCGGUCGCACCGCGGCAGGCCACGGUUCGACCGCAAGGCCGGCCUGGUGAGGGCGGCGCCGGCAGAGGAGAGCGCGGACGGUGUCCCGGGUGCGGGGUUCAUGGUCACGGCGGACGACUUCUCUUUCGUGAAGCUGUUCAACUACCCCGUGGUCGCGGACGACGCCCCCUACCGCUGCUACCGGGGGCACUCCUCCCACGUCAUGUGCACGAGGUUCCUCGCCGACGACCGCACCGUGGUGAGCGUGGGCGGCCACGACCGCGCCAUCUUUCAGUGGAAGACCUGCGGCGUGAGCCUCGACGACGCGGAUGACGACGAGCUGGUGGCCGACGGCAUGCAGUGGGCGGUGCACGCAAAGCGGGAGGCCGUGGCGUCCCUGAUGCCCAAGCCCCUGGCGCAGUGGGGGCCCCUGGACGCCACGGGCAAGAACUUCGGCCCCCUGGGGGACGUCGGCAAGGAGAUGCCCAGGGCCAGGGUGGAGGCGGGGGGAGCGAAAGGAGGAGCCACGACGACGGGGAACCUCUCGCGUGGGAAAAGCCUGCUUUCGUCCUAG